AUGGUCGAUCUCCAAGAGCUGUUGAAUGAAAAAGACAAACAACUUUCCCAGCUCCAACAAGAAUUCACAGAAUACCAAGAAAUGUCGAAAACUCUCGAAGAAGAACUUGAAAGCGAGCUGGAAGCCCAAAUUCGGCUUAAUUCAGAACUGCAAGCCGAAAACCAGUCCCUAAAGGACCAAGUUGAAAAAAUAAAUGUAACCUUUAUUGCAGAAAGACUAUUACCACAAAUUAAUAGAAAUGGAAAAAUCUGCCUUUAAGCUGCAAAAUGAAUUAAAAGAAACACAAAAUAAAUUGAAGAUGAAUUUGAAAUCAAAUAAAGAACUGGAGACAGAACUGGAUAUUUACAAAAGUAAAUUGAGAGAAAAAGAGUUUGAAAUUGAAGAGCUGACAGAAACCUAUAAUCAGACCUUAGAAGAACUGGCAAUCACCUGCUCUGAGCUUGAUGGGCUGAAGGAUUUCAACGCUGAGAGCACACAUAGGCUGAAGGAACAAUUAAAUGAGCUCAGCCAGGACUUGGAAAUAGCUAGAGAUAAGACAUUUAAUCUUCAAAAUCAUUCUUCUAACUUUGAAAAAGCAGAGAAGCCAAAACUGAAAGACUCAAUGGUAGGGCAAAGUGCGCUUACGAUGGUUGAUUUGCUACUCAGUGACCUGAAUGGAAAAAUCAAGCAGAAACAAUGCGAUAUUUAA